CCAGCUUUGCUCCUUACUGAUCCUACAAUUUGCUACUAUGGGUCGAACUUCAUUCUUUGUUUCGCUGCUUGCAGUGGCCAACUGUGUCGCCGCUGCUCCCUGGAAAGGAGAAAUCAAAAAGGAACAUGGUGUCACUUAUAAGUGCAAGUGCUAUUCCGACAACAAAUGUUGGCCAACUGGGGCCCAGUGGGCUGCUUUAAAUACGACGGUUAGUGGUGCUUUGAGGAUUGCUCGACCACCGGGGGCUGUAUGCCACAACAACAUCGGAAACAUGUCUACGUACGACGCGUCGAAGUGUUCUGAAAUCACUGCUAAAUGGACGGACGAACAAACCAUGACGGAUGACCCAAUCGCGAACCUGUGGCCCUUCUAUACCAACAACACUUGUUUGCCGACAACGAAUCCAAGCGAUCCUUGCACACAGGGUUUCUAUGGCGAGUAUGUGAUAAUAGCAACGAAGAAGGAGCACAUCAAAAUCGGCGUCGAUUUCGCGAGAGACCACAAUCUGCGACUCAUCAUUCGUAAUACGGGCCAUGACUUCAUGGGCCGAUCGACAGGGUACGGGUCUCUCAUUAUCAACACUCACAGCUUCAAGGAUGCCACUUUUAUCAAGAAGUACACUGGGCCAGGAGACUGGACUGGUAGCGCAGCGACCGUCGGCGUCGGCGUUCAAGGGAGAGAGUUGUACCGCCAAGCAUUUGCGCAAGAUCCUAAGGUGGUAAUCGUAGGGGGAGAAUGUCCUACUGUUGGCUGGGCUGGAGGCUAUGUCCAAGGAGGUGGCCAUGGACCUUUGUCGACCAUUUACGGAAUGGGCGCGGACAAUGUCCUUUCUUUCGACGCUAUCACAGCAAAAGGUGAAUAUGUUACUGCCAAUGCAGAGAAGAACCCAGAUCUCUUCUGGGCGCUUAAAGGCGGCGGUCCAUCCACCUUCGCAGUUCUUACCUCCGUAACCGUCAAAACAUUCCCCGAGGUUCCAGUUGCUGGCACUAUUCUCAACAUAAACAGUACUCAUACCAACGACACAAAGGUGUUUGACGAGGGCUUCCGAAUUUUCCAUAAUCUAUCGAAUCACUACGUUGAAAACGGCAUGUUUGUGUACUUUGAGCUACAGUCUGGCCGUCUGCAUAUCCAGCCUUUCGUUGGACCAAGGUUAAAUGCCAAGCAGGUUAAGGAAGUAUUGAAGCCGCUCUUUACGCAGUUGGACGCGAAGAAGAUCCCCUAUGACACUGUGACCAAGGAAUUCCCCACCUUCUUCGAAUUCUACAUGGAUAUGUUCGAAGAUGAAAUUCCCAAUCAGAAUUCUGUUGUCGGUGGACGUCUCUUCACCCAGAAGGAUAUCGCCAAAAAUGGCGAUGAGAUUGCGAAGGCGCUCUUGUUCGCCAACCAGCCCACUAACGAUACUCUCGGGUUCUCCGUCGGACACAUCGUCAACCCUGGACAUGGCAACCCCGUUGUAGACAACGCAAUCCAUCCAAAAUGGCGAAACGCAAGUAGCUUUGUCAUUACGAACAUCUUGAUGAGCGGGACUGAAAGCUGGGAGUUAAAGCAAAUCAGGGCCGAUCAGCAAACAAAUGUUGUGGGUGCGGCGUUGAGGAAGGCUGGCCCAGAUGGUGCUACUUAUGUGAAUGAGGGCGACUUGAAUGAACCGAACUGGCAGGAGUCAUACUGGGGUUCAAAUUAUCCAAAGCUGCUUCAGAUCCGGAAGAAAUGGGAUCCAGAGGGCGUCUUUUAUACACAGACGACACCAGGCACGGAGGAUUGGGACGUCAUCGACUACGGAACGAAACUCUGCAAGAAGACAUAAUCUCUUCUUCUGCUUAC